AUCACCAGCAUACUCCUCCUUUGAAAACACUAGCUUUAAUAUGAUGUAAUCUUUCAUUUGAUUCGGUGCUGAAGGUCUAUAAUUCUGUGGGACCUGGAGACUCUUUUGACUGAGUGAGAAUGAGAAGGGAUUGCGUUUAAGGGGAAAAAAAAGCAGGGGGAAAUUAUGACUGUUGUACCUACAUCAGGGGGUAUUGCAGUUCCACCCCGAGUGUCUCCGAUAAUGGAGGUGGACGAGUACAGUGAAGAACCAAUUCCUGUUCCUAGUCCAGGACGCCUAUUUAACACCAACAACAGCAACAACAAUGAUGAGGAAGAAAAGAAGAAAAAGAAAAAAGAGAAAAAACAUAAAAAGGAGAAAAAAGAGAAAAAAGAAAAGAAAGAGAAGAAAGAAAAAAAGGAGAAGGUAAAAGAAAAAGAUGAGAAGGAGAAAGAAAAUGAGAAAGAAAAAGACAAAGAAAAGGAAAAAGAAAAGGAAAAGGAAAAAGAAAAAAAGGAGGGGCCUAAAGAGGUAUUUGUGAUUAACCCAGCGGGACUCCUGUACUAUCAAUGGCUUCUCAUAAUUACCAUUCCUGUCAUGUACAAUUGGACAGUUAUCAUUGCAAGAGCCUGCUUUGAAGAACUCCAGCAUAGAUAUCUGCUGAUGUGGUUUAUCUUGGAUUACACCUCUGACCUCCUUUACUUGGCUGACAUGGCCUUUAGAGCACGAACAGGUUACCUUGAACAGGGCUUGCUCAUCAAAGAUAAAAAGCUCCUUCUCAAGCAGUACACAGACAGUCUCCAGUUCCGUAUUGAUGUCAUCUCAAUGCUGCCCACAGACAUUUUUUACUUGGUUUUGGGCUUAGACUACCCAGAGAUCCGCAUAAACAAGUUGCUCCGCCUGAACCGCAUGUUUGAGUUCUUCAAUAUCUCAGAAACUAUGACCAACUACCCCAACAUUUUCAGAAUCUGCACCUUAGUCAUGUACAUCAUCAUCAUCAUCCAUUGGAAUGCAUGCCUCUACUUCUCCUUCUCCAAGUCCAUUGGGUUUGGAUCAGACCCAUGGGUGUACCCCGCUCUUACUGAACCCGAGUUUGGAGAGCUGAUGCGAAAAUAUGCAUUCAGCCUCUACUGGUCCACGCUUACACUUACCACCAUUGGAGAGACGCCCUCUCCUGAGCUGGAUUCAGAAUUCCUCUUCCAUGUAGUUGACUUCCUGGUGGGUGUCCUGAUCUUUGCCACCAUUGUGGGUAAUAUUGCUACCAUGAUCUCGAACAUGAACGCAGCCCAGGCUCAGUUCCAGUCACAGAUUGACAACAUUAAACAAUAUAUGCAUGCACGUCAUGUCAGCAGUGAAUUAGAAAACCGUGUCAUCAAGUGGUUUGACUACCUUUGGACUAAUAAGAAAGCUCAAGAUGAAAGAGAGGUGCUGAGGUACUUACCAGACAAGUUACGGUCGGAGAUAGCCAUGAACGUACACUUAGAUACGCUCAUGAAGGUGCAGAUCUUUGCAGACUGUGAAGCUGGGCUGCUGAUAGAGUUGGUGCUGAAGCUACGUCCUCAAGUCUUCAGCCCAGGUGACUACAUCUGUCGCAAGGGUGACAUUGGACGGGAGAUGUACAUCAUAAAGGAAGGGAAGCUUGCUGUGGUAGCCGAUGAUGGUGUCACUCAAUUUGUCGUCCUUGGUGAUGGGAGCUACUUUGGUGAGAUCAGCAUUUUGAACAUAAAGGGUAGCAAGGCUGGGAAUCGGAGAACUGCCAAUAUUCGUAGCAUUGGUUACUCAGACCUCUUCUGCCUGUCCAAAGAUGAUCUAAUGGAGGCUCUGACAGAAUAUCCUGAUGCAAAGACUAUGCUGGAGGAUAAAGGGAGACAGAUUCUGUUGAAGGAUGGUCUGCUGGAGCUGGAUCCUUCAAAACUGAAGCCAGAUGAGCGGGAUUUAGAAGACCGUGUAAACCAUAUUUACAACACGCUGGAGAUAAUGCAGACCAAGGUGACCAAGUUGAUGGCAGAACACGAGGAAACGCGUAAAAAUAUCAAACAGCGAAUCAUUCUGAUUGAGCAAUAUGCUGGGGAGGAGGUGGAGGAUGAAGAAGAAGAGGAGGAGAAGAUGGAAGACAUAGAGAAGUCUAAAGAAGAGGAGAUGGAGAAGAAAGAGGGAGAGACAGAAAAAGAAAAGUCAGAUGAAGACAAGGAAAAGUAGGUAACAAUAGAGGAAAUAUUGCAGGAAGUGACCAAAGAGGAAAAGAAAGAUGGGGAUCCAUAGGAUCUAAGGAAAACAGCUUAAAACUCUGGAUAAAAUCAUGAAUGAGGCUGAUACAUUUGAAUAAAGAACAAAACACUAUUUAAAUUUUAUAGCAGCCACAAAGUGUAUGUCAUAUCUUCACCAAAAAAUGAAAAUGAUGUCAUCAUUUACUCACCUUCAUGUUGUUUCAAACCCAUAUGACUUUCUUCCAUGGAACACAAAAGGAGAUGUUAGCCUCAGUCACCAUUCACUUUUAUUGUAUGGGGAAAAAAAAGCAAUGAAAGUGAACGGUGACUGAGUUAAACAUUCUAUCUAACAUUGUUUGUGUUCAACAGAAGAAAAUCAUAUGGAUUUGGAACAAUAUGAGGGCAAGUAUAUCAUGACAGAAUGUUGUUGUUGUUGUUGUUUUGCUAACCUAUCAAUUUAAGUGUACAGAUUUUUGGUCAUGAAGGGAUAAAGAAAAUUCUCUAAUCAUUUACUACCAGACGUGAAUGACUUUAUUUCUUCUGAACACAAACACAUAAUUUUUGAAGAAUAUCCCAGCUGAAGGUGUAAAAAGCAUAUCAAGGCAUCAUAAAAGUAAUCUAUAUGACUUCAGUGGUUAAAUCCAUAUUUUUAGAAGUGAUUGCUGUGGGUGAGAAACAGAUUAAAUUUAAGUCCUUAUUUUACUUUAAAUCUCCACUUUCGCUUCCAAAUUCUUCUUUUGUUUUUGGCGAUUCACAUUCUUCAUGUAUAAUGCCAUAUACUGGGCAGGAAGGAGAAUUUAUAGGAAAAAAUACUAUUUCUCCUCCACACCUAUCGAAUCGCUUCUGAAGAUAUGGAUAUACUGGAGUCUUAUGGGUUACUUUUAUGCUGCCUUUAUCUACUUUUUGGACCUUCAAAGUUCUGGCCACCAUUCACUUGCACUGUGAGGACCUACAGAGCUGAAAAAUUCAUCUGAAAAUAUUUGUGUUCAGCAAAAGAAAAAUGUAUGCCUAUCUGGGAGUCAAUGAUGAAAGAAUUUACAUUUUGAGGUGAACUAAACAUUUAACAAGCAUUCAAGAUUUUUCCUGAAGUCAGGAUUUAUAUUUUUCUUGUGUUAUCGUCCCAAGUGUGUCUGACGGUCACCAGAGUGCAGCAGAGGACCAAAGAUUUAUGACAAUUUUCGCUUAAAAUCCUGAAAAUUUACAGCACAAAUACAAAAUCAGAAGUCAUGUCUUUUAUUAGGAAGACUUUUUUUUAUUUUAUAUAUAUAUAUAUAUUAUUGGAAUUACUCUUAGAUAGUCUUUAGGCUGCCUUUUGAUGUUUAUAUAGGUAAUUUAUUUUCUUAUAUUUCCUUUGUUGCAAGUAAACUAAACAGCUUAGUGUUGUUGGAUAGUGUGAAUAAAAAAA